CUAAUAGCAACAAUAAUCUAACAGCAGCAAUGAUUUGCUUUUCAGAUAACACCGUUCAGUCCAUUUUCUGCUGUUGCUGUUGCUACACAGUACGGAAGAGGCGAGUGAGAACACAAAUCAGCCUGAGCAAAGAUGAAGAACUUUCAGAAAAAUACACUCCACCUCGCAGAUGGUGGUGUGGCGGACUGUCAAGUAAGAAGCAAUGCAGUAGGGACUGUGUGCAACCAUCUCAACGCAAACCCUUGCCUCCCCUCCCACCCUCCGAGCUCACUAAGGAGAAGAUCUGGGUCAAGGCACUUUAUGAUUUUUUGCCCCGAGAACCCUGUAAUUUGGCACUGAAGAGAGCAGAGGAAUACCUGGUAUUGGAGAAGUAUGAUCCUCACUGGUGGAAAGCUAGAGACUGUUGCGGGAAUGAAGGUUUGAUCCCAAGUAACUAUGUGACUGAGAACAAACUCACCAAUUUAGAAAUAUAUGAAUGGUACCACAGAAACAUUACCCGAAAUCAGGCAGAACAUCUGCUGAGACAACAGGCUAAAGAAGGUGCAUUUAUUGUCAGAGAUUCAAGACACUUGGGAUCCUACACAAUUUCUGUGUUUAUAAAAGCGAGAAGAAAUACCGAGGCUACAAUAAAACAUUAUCAGAUUAAAAGGAAUGACGCAGGGCAGUGGUAUGUGGCGGAAAGACACCCUUUUCCAUCCAUCCCGGAGCUGAUCAGAUAUCACCAGCUCAAUGCAGCUGGUCUCAUUUCUCGUCUCCGCUAUCCAGUUGGGCUGAUGGGCAGCUGUUUACCAGCCACAGCUGGUUUUAGCUAUGAGAAGUGGGAGAUAGAUCCAUCAGAAUUGGCUUUUGUCAAGGAGCUUGGAAGAGGUCAGUUUGGGAUAGUCCACUUGGGAGAAUGGCGUGCACAUACCCAGGUAGCUAUCAAGGCCAUCCGUGAAGGCUCCAUGUCUGAAGAGGACUUUAUUGAAGAGGCUAAAGUGAUGACGAAACUAUCCCAUUCAAGGCUAGUUCAGCUUUAUGGGGUGUGUAUCCAGCAGAAACCCCUUUAUAUUGUGACGGAGUUCAUGAAAAAUGGCUGCCUGCUGAACUAUCUCAAGGAGAGAAAAGGAAAGCUGAGAAGGGAAACAUUGCUGAGUGUCUGCCAGGAUAUAUGCGAAGGGAUGGAGUAUCUGGAGAAGAGUUGCUAUAUUCACAGAGAUUUAGCAGCAAGGAAUUGUUUGGUCAGUUCUACGUGUAUAGUAAAAAUUUCAGACUUUGGAAUGACCAGGUAUGUUUUGGAUGAUGAAUAUAUCAGUUCUUCUGGAGCCAAGUUCCCAAUCAGGUGGUCUCCUCCUGAAGUCCUUCAUUUCAACAAAUAUAGCAGUAAAUCAGAUGUCUGGUCAUUUGGAGUUUUAAUGUGGGAAGUUUUUACAGAAGGAAAAAUGCCUUUUGAAAACAAGUCAAACCUGCAAGUAGUGGAAGCGAUUUCUUCAGGCUUCCGGCUCUAUCGUCCUUACUUGGCACCCAUGUCCAUAUACAAGGUCAUGUACAGCUGCUGGCAUGAGUGGCCUUUCAAUCCAAGAAACUCAGUUUCCAGAUUGGUUCUUGUGGAAGCUCUUGAUGUUUCUAAAAUGUCAAACCCUGAAGGCCGUCCGACAUUUGCUGAGCUGCUGCAGGUUCUCGCAGAGAUUGCAGAAACCUGGUGACUUGGAACGGAAAGCCAACUGGAGGAUUACCUGGUCGGAUUGCCACAAGAGAAGAUCAUGGGUGGAGUCAUCCCUGGGGAACUCUCUGACCCAGUGCAAAGAGCACAAUUUCAAACUGUUUUACGAAUAUUCAGACAGUAGUUUUUCAGUGGUAUGAGGUGGGCUUCGAAUUCUCCUCUGAAAUACCUUUUAUGUUCUAUGUGUGAAGAAAGGAGAAAAACUGCAAGCUAGCCUUUCCAGUGGCUGCUCUUCAUGAAAAUAGCCUUGAGAAUAUUAAGAGUAGGAAAGUUGACUUUUCACUAGACCAAGGAAAUUUCUUUCUUAAAGAGAACUAAUUGACAUUCCUUUCUUCAGAGAUCUAUGCAUAGAAGACACCAGUAGAUUCUGCCAACUUGUGGAAUUAAAAAAGCCU